CACACCGACACACACACACCGACACACACACACCGACACACACCAACACACACACCCCUACACACACACACACACCGACACACACACCGACACACACCAACACACACACCCUCGGGCUCACACUUCCGCGUGCCUCCCCACUGCGCCACGCGAGACGAGGAGGAGGAGGAAGAUGCUCCUGGUGGACUACAGCGGGGGUGGUCUACAGCGGGGGUGACUCCAGCAGGGUAGACUCCAGCAGGGUAGACUACACAGACUCACAGACUACAGCACAACAAUAGUUUUAUAGUGAGGCUGUAGCGGUGUAGACUUCAGUAGAGAAAACUAGGACUGCGCAAGCUACAGCCUACACGAGCGUCGUGCACAGCAGCGGCAGCGCAGUCAGUAGCUGGGCACAGCCUGCCUGGAUGUCGCCUCAUCAUAGCCUAUGGACGGACAGCCCUGCAGCCUAGCACAGGAUAUCGGGCGCAGCCUCACAUAGCCGAGCUUAAGCUGUCCCCUAUUACAGCUUAUAGGCAGCUGCAUCAUAGCAUGGCGCACUGUUUUCGCAUUGCUGACACGGACUGUAUGUACAGCAGCGUGUUCCAUCAUAGCCUCGCAGUAUGGUCCGUAGCCUAGGAUAGCAGCCUCCCAUAGCUGGGCUACAGCUGAGUGUAGCCAGCCGCGAGUCGUCGCUUCCAGCCGCCUCCUCCUCGUCUGCUGCUGCUGAACUUCCCUUGGUGAAGGCCAGCUCCCGGCACAGCCUGGGCGGAUGACGUCGGUGAGCCACCAACCCCGGCCAAUGAGGGGGCACGGCGCGGUCACCGCGAGCGGCCCGGCCCCGUGAGUCGCCAGUAACGCCGGCGAUGCCGUCCGCGUGCAGCGACGCGCCCGCGGUGGCCAGCACCGAGAAGCCGCACCACUACACGUACCUGCGCGACUUCCGCACGGAGCAGUGCGCGCUCUUCACGCAGCACAAGUGCACGCAGCACCGGCCCUACACCUGCUUCCACUGGCACUUCGCCAAUCAGCGCAGGCGCCGGCCCCUGCGCCGUCGCGACGGCACCUUCAGCUACAGCCCCGACGAGUACUGCACCGAGUACGACGAGACGGCCGGGGCCUGCCCCAACGGGGACGGGUGCCCCCUGCUUCACCGCACGUCGGGCGACACGGAGCGCAAGUACCACCUGCGCUACUACAAGACCAACAUGUGUGUGCACGCGUCGGACUCGCGCGGCCUCUGCACAAAGAACGGGCCCCACUGCGCCUUCGCUCACAGCACGGCCGACCUGAGGCCGCCCGUCUACGACAUCCGGGAGCUGCAGGCACUGGAGGUGCUGGGGAGCGGCCUCGCCAGCCCCAGCGACCUCCCGCAGCAGAUGACCGCGACGCAGAGCGCCAUGGAGCGCGUGCUGGCCGAGGAGCCGCGCUGGCACGAUACGAACUUCGUGCUGGGAGGGUACAAGACGGAGCCGUGUCGCCGCGCUCCGCGCCUCUGCCGCCAGGGCUACGCUUGCCCCUACUUUCACAACGAGCGCGACCGGAGACGCGGCCCCCGGCAGCACAAGUACCGGUCGACCCCCUGUCCGCAGGUGAAGCACGGGGACGAGUGGGGGGAGCCGAGUCUGUGCGAGAGCAAGGACGCCUGCGUCUACUGCCACACGCGCACGGAGCAGCAGUUCCACCCCGAGAUUUACAAGUCCACCAAGUGCAACGACAUGCAGCAGAUGGGGCUGUGCCCACGUGGUCCGUUCUGCGCCUUCGCCCACGUUGAGAAGAUGCCGAGCGGAGGAGGGGAGGAGGACGCCUUCCCUGUGGGCUGGCCAGGAAAGUCGCCCUGCAUCCCAGGCAGCCCCCCGCCCUGCGAGAUCCCCACGCAUGCAGGCAACGUGACGGCGUUUGGGCGCUCGCGCUCGGCCGACUGGGGCAGCCCGCUGUGGCCUCGCGAGGCAGCACGCAGAGCCAGCUUGGGCUCCCCCAGGGCCUCCGCAUGGCGCGCUGACGAGCGGGCAUUGUUCGCGGAGACCGGUGUGGUUGGACUCCACUCCCCAGGGCGUUCCUCCAUCCCGCGGGUCACCCUCCCAUCCUGCUACCAGGUCCCAUCCAUGCCGUCCCUGCAUGAGCUCUUGGGUUCAGCGCUGGGGUCUCUGGAGCUCGGUGAUUGUGGGGGGGGCGCGGCCGCGAUGGUGGAGGAGGAGGAGACGGAGCGAGAGCUGCACGCGGCCCGCGAGGCCGGGGAGGGCGAGGGCAUCGGUGGCUGGAGAGGAGAGAGCGCGAGCGUGGCCGGGUCACACUCCACGUCUCCCUCCCCUGUCACCGACUCUCCGCUCAGCCCCGCGUCCUCCCGCUCACUAUCCCACUCCCUCUCGUCCGCCGGCGCCUCCAGCCUCUCGGCGCACUCCGAGCCACCCAGCCUCCUCCUCGGCCACCGCAAGAACUCCGAGCCGGCAAGCGCCAACCACUCCAGGCCCCGUGCCGGGCCCACGGUUUGGGAACCCAACAAUUUACAAACACUUUUCCAAGCCGACUCGGAGUUGCAGAUUCCCAUCCCGUUGAAAUCGAGCUUCGGCCACCUGCUCCAAAGUGGGCCCAGCGUCGAUUACGGCGGUCGAUCGGAGCCGGAGUUCCACGGCACCGGCCCGCCGCGCGAAGGUUCGGAGCCGGCGUUCCGUGACCCCCAGCGACCGGGGUCAGGGCUGCUCGAUCGGUUGGAAUUUUCGGAGCGGGAAUUUCGGCCCAUCGGCCAGUGCGAGGACGUCUUCCCGAUGUUCGGCCCGCUGGACGCGUCGUUCGACACAUUCGGCCAGCCGGAGCUCCCGUGGUGCUCGUACUUGCCGCUUGAUAGCUGCGGCACGGCCGGCGGGGAGGGGCCGUACUUCCCGGCUCACCACGGCGGAGACGGCGGAUACCCCGGUGUUAGCAUCGCCGACCACGGAAACUUGGGGCUCAACGGGAGGCCCGAGGGACUGUGGGCCGGGCGGGACCGGGAGCCGCGCGGGGAGCUGAAGGUCGCGACGCUGGCGCAUGCUCACAAGGAGCUGGAGAGCGCCAAUCGCAAGAUCGGAUUCCUGCACGACGCGUGGCAGCAGACGCGAGAGGUGUGCAAGUGGUGGCAAAUGGAGGCGCAGCGCUCGGCUGAGGAGCUGCGCGGGGCGGAGCGGGCGUGCCACGCCGCGCGGCGCCGCUGCGACGAGCUGGAGCGCGAGACGGCGGCGCUGCGGGCGCGGGGGGCGGCGCCCCCCCACCCCCUCGCCGCCGCUCCGGGAGCCCGCAAAGCCAGACCGGGCGGCUCCGGCGGCGGCCCUGCGGCGGUCCCGGGGAGCCGGGCACGUCCCGUGGACCCGAGCCGCAUGUCGCUGUCCCAACUGCGCGCCGCCCAGCGCCGGCUACGGGAGGAGCUGAGCGCCGUCGGGACGGCGCUGGAGUUGGCCACGAGCAGUGCGGCACAGGAGGAGUGCGGUGGAGGAGCGUGCCAGGGAGCCGAGGGGGCCGAGACGUUGGCCUCCGGCGAGCGCCGCUCCCCGGCCCACUCCCCGGGCAGGGCGGCCGCCACCCCGAGCCAAACGUCUCCACAGCAGAACCCCAAGUAGCCCAGCCGGGAUACACCACACACACCAGCGUGACACACCAUCCUGACACACCACACACACACUACCGUGACACACACCAUCGUGACACACCACACACACACUACCGUGACACACACCAGCGUGACACACCAUCCUGACACACCACACACACACUACCGUGACACACACCAUCGUGACACACCAUCGUGACACACCACAC